AUGGUAUUUGAAGGGGCGGGGCUUGCUGCGGAAGGGACUGACGCAGAUGGUUGGGGGCAGAAUGUAGCCAGCCUCGCUUUGUAAACCAGCCGGGGACCAGCUCCCCUUCGGUGGGUGGCGAUGGAGGGGGAUUCGUCGGCCGCCAGCGACAACUCGGGACUGUUGUCGCUCAUCACCACGGGCCACCUGCCAGCCCGCUCUGUCCAUGAGCAGAUGUGGCAACUGUCGAUGGCCACGCAGCAGAGCCUGGCCGCAGCCACGUGCCAGUGUCUGGGCGUGGCAGCCCUGUGCAUCGCCCUCUCCAACCUGGCCUGGAUCACGCUGGAGACCAACGUGCCCCUUCAUCUGCUGAAAAGGUCAGAGUACUGGGCCGUUAUCUACCUCUUCGGGGUGCCCACCCGCCUGCAGUCCCAGCUGUGGCUGAACGAAACGCAGAGCACAGAAAUUGUUCUCCUGUCUUCGGAUCAAUGGGUCUUCGUAGAUUUGAUGAUGGGAAUUUGUUUCCUGAGUGUGUUGGCAGGAUUCAUUGCUUUCCUCCUUGACUUCAUAGAGAUAAAGAAGCUAGGAGUGGCACGUCUGAUCAUUGCAACAGUCCUACAUAUUUUGUCAGCCAUUCUUUGUGCAUUAGUUCUGGUGUUUUGUUCUUGGAUCUUAACAGUAAUCCAGAAGCCUAGCAUCAAAAAUUUGUUAAAUAAGCACUACUAUGUAACAUCACUGGGAGAAAGUUUCUACUUAACCAUCGCAGCAUUUAUUUUCGCAAGCCUCGCGUCCAUAUUUAGCAUCUGGUCAAUGAAGGUCUAUGGAAAAGAUUUACUUCCUUCUGAGAGAGUUGGGGACAGCGAAACCAAAGAAACCAACGGUUCUGGUCCAGGUGCUCAGCAGGCAGUGUUGCUCUCUUGA